CGGGGCUUUUCCCGCUCAGUGAAUGUCUGAUAAUUACUCGUAGAGUCGUACUCAACUCGUACUACUUAGUACUUUCCCUGGAAUGAGCGCCAGCCCUACCAGGCCUAGCUCUAAGCGCAUUAAACUCGAGUCGUCUCCGACAUCUCCGCCGCUGUCAAAUGACCCUUCGACUUUGAAUGAUGAAGACCUAGGUCAUGAUCACUGCGUCAUUUGUCUGCAACCCUUGGUUGACCGAACUGUUAUUCCAACUUGCUCCCAUGAGUUCUGCUUUGAAUGCAUUUCGAUUUGGGCAGAGCAAUCUCAAAAGUGUCCAUUGUGCUCCCAGUUGAUCGGUGAAUAUCUUAUACAUCAUAUACGCUCGCAGUUCGAUUAUCAAAAACAUUAUUUGCCCCCACCACGUUCCUCGUCACCACAGUUAUUACCCACGGGGGAAUCUCGUGUACGAGUUGCCCGACGGGCACGUAGGAAUCGCUACUGGGGCCGCAGGGAUCGUUACGACGCUGAUGAACUUGAACGAGCAAUCGCCAGAAGACGUUGGGUGUACCAAAGUCAUCUCUAUGCAAAGCAUGUCGCGUCUAACACAUUCACCCGGUAUCGUCCUUACCCCAGUCCAGCCCAGUUUGCGGCAUCUCCAGACAUGAUAAGUCGAGCCACCAUCUUUCUCCGUCGUGAACUGCGCGUUUGGCAAAAUCUUGAUGUUGAGUUCCUCACGACGUUUAUCAUUUCUCUCAUGAAAUCAAUAGACAUACGAGCUGAAUCUGCCGUCAAACUUCUCUCCGAGUUCCUAGACAUAGACACUUCUUAUAUCGAGGGCCAGAGGCACCCGAACGCCGAACAUUUUGCACAUGAGAUAUACUGUUAUAUGCGGAGUGGUCGUGAUUUAUCAAUUUAUGACAAUUUGGUGCAGUAUGAUACCUCCCCAGAUCCUCCGCCCCACGAGCAGGAAAGAGAGAAUCGGUGGUGUUAUGAUUCCCGUUCUCGAUCCCGGUCGCCCCAUCACCGUCAUCAUCGGUUCCGAUCUCGAUCUCCGCUAUCUCGACCUCCUUCCCCAACCCUGCGUCCUGAGCACAUAAGAACUCCUCCCGCAACCCACCUUCAAGAAAGCUCUCCAGACUAUUUCUCCCAAGAUCGCAGGAACCAUCGACGAACUCACAGCGUCAGCGAGUGUCGAGGUAUACCUGAUACCUCGAAUGAUCGACAUAGUCACCUUGACAACACUCGGGAGCAGCUGACGACUUCUACGAAGGCGAAAGGAAAAGAACCAGAAGGUCGUAACACAUCUCUUCGGGGCAAGAGUGAACAUACCUCGUGUAGCACGCUACCAUGCAUAACAGGAGAACCUGUGCCGUACGCUGUUGUCAAAUCCAAACAGACAGCGGAAUCAUAUACCCCCGGAAACCGGAAGUUCAAUACGCCUGUAGAGUUCGAUCUUAGACCCUCCCUUGUCCUCCCCGCACCGGCUCGUGUUCCAGUAGAUGCUGCUGAUAAGAUGGACAUCGAUUCAGAGCCUGUAGCUCCUACGUCACAUAAACGCCCAAGCACGCCCGGUCGUCCUCCUCGAAACCGCACUUUACUAGCAUCAGUCCAGGCUCAUCUCUCCCAAUCCACACCAUCGAGAAGCAAGCAUCUCGCAGGCGCAACCGCACGGAAGAACGAUGUCGCUCCUGAAUUUUUACCUCAUCCAUCAGGAUACCGAGAUGCCCGUGAUGAGAGCGGUAGUGGUGAUGGUACGCCUGUCCUUCUUUCGCAGUUGUCGAACCUUCCUGCCAAUGCGCCGCCUGCUUCGUUGUCUUCUCAUCCUUCUCUCGAGCGGCGCUCAGAUAUAUCGAUGCCUCUCGGGGAAGAACGUACGUCGGCGGCAGGGCAUCAACGCGAAAGGAUCCGGAACUUGUUUUCCGAUUCUAUCGCUAAAUGCACCGAUGAAAAAAACACGUUAGCUGGAGAGGAAGCUACCGCUUGUCCGUGCGGUACGCCGUGCGGAGGCACAGAUAAAUACAGAAACAAAGGUAAAGAAGAACAGCGCACCAACACAUCGCCGUGCCUUGUCAUCAAUCCUGGAACCGUCGAUGCGCAUCCCGCCCCUUCAUCGGGACUACCCCCAAACCUAAACCCUAUUUCAGUGUCGCACAACUCUAAUCACGUCGAUAUCCUUUUGGAUGUGGCGGAGCAUAUCCAGCGUGGCAAUCGGGAAGUCGCGACAUAUGAAUAUAGGAACAAAAAAACCGCACCAUCAGCACGCACUUCCACAGAUACGCGGGCAGUGUUGUUGCAGAGACUUGAAGAGGAGCAACGGCUGGCUCAGAGGGAUGUUGCGACCCCGAUCUCAAGCUCUGCGUCGUUAACUGUAGAUCCCCCGUUGGCACGUCCUCCCGGGGGUGAGGAAGCUUCUGCGCUGGAGACGAGGCUGCGGACCCGGGCCUUAUUGCGCGUCCGUCUUGCGGCGAUCAAAAGCAGUUCCAAUGCCACUGCGGUUGAAUUGUAA